GCAGGAUUAGAUUCCCUGUUCUUCGAUUCGCGCGACGUUCAUAGACUUACCGUCUGCUGUUCUUUCUCGACACGAACAUCUUUGAGGUUUCGAUUUACCACGAAAAUCGCCCAUAAUGCCUGCCGCCACUUCUCAGGUCGCCGCCGAGAACGCCAAGAGCGUCAAGGUUCUCGACGAGCUGAUGCAGAAGCUCACCAUCUCCAAGGAAGCCGAUGCCAUCAAGGAAUCCACUACUGCCAUCGCUUCCUUCAUCAAUGGCCGCAUCGAGGACCUCGAUACCCCCACCAGGACCGUGGAGGCUCUUAAGAAACAGCUCGCCAACAAGAAGGAUGCCACUGUCCGCGAGAAGGCCCUUCUCGCGAUCCAGGCCAUCGCUCAGCACUCCGAGGUUUCCGCCCAUGUCGAGCCCUACCUCGUCGCCUUGCUCCCCAGCGUCCUGGCUGGCGCUGGUGACAAGAUCACGGCCGUCAAAAACGCCGCCAUCGCGGCUGCGCUGGCCAUCGCCGAGGCGGUCAACCCCAACGCCGUCAAGGCCGUUCUUCCUCCCCUCAUUGACUCCCUGAGGAACGCCCAGAAGUGGCCCGAGAAGAUGACGGUUCUCGACUUCAUCGACACCAUCAUCCGCACCGCCCCUACCCAGACUGCUCUCCGCGUCCCCGAUCUCAUUCCCGUGGUUUCCGAGGCCAUGUGGGACACCAAGAAGGAGGUCAAGGACCGCGCCUACAAGACCAUGGAGAAGGUCUGCCAGCUGAUCGUCAACCGCGAUAUCGAGCGCUUCAUUCCCGAGCUCAUCAAGUGUAUCGCCAAGCCCGAGAACGUCCCCGAGACGGUCCACCUGCUCGGCGCCACCACCUUCGUCACCGAGGUCCAGGAGCCCACUCUGGCCCUCAUGGUUCCUCUUCUCGACCGUGGUCUCGCCGAGCGUGACACCGCCAUCAAGCGCAAGUCGGCCGUCAUCGUCGACAACAUGUGCAAGCUCGUCGACGAUCCCAACAUCGUCGCUCCUUUCUUGCCUAAGAUGAUGCCUGGCCUCCAGAAGAACUACGAAAACCUUGCCGAUCCCGAGGCCCGCGAGAAGACCAAGCAGGCUCUCGACACUCUGAUCCGCGUCGGCAACGUCGUCGAUGGCAAGAUUCCCGAGGUGCGCAACCACGGUGACAUUGCCACCAUCAUGGGCCACCUGAAGGACGUGCUCUCUGGCAAGCAUGCUGCUGCCUUCGAGAAGUUCACACCCGUGCUCGAGUACGCCGCUGCCAUCGCCGGUCAGCUGGUCGACGAGAAGGCGACGGACGCUGCCACGUGGGCCGAGAGCGUCAAGCCCUACAUCUCCGUUGUGGUUGGAGAUGCCGAGUCUCAGGGCGUCAUCGAUGCGCUCCGCAGGCGCGCCAUCCCUGGCGCUACUGACGAGGACGAAGUCGAGGAUGACGAGGAGGAGGGCGAGGAUCUGUGCAACUGCACCUUCUCGCUCGCCUACGGUGCCAAGAUUCUGCUCAACCAGACCAACCUCCGCCUCAAGCGUGGCCAGCGCUACGGUCUGUGCGGCCCCAACGGCUCCGGCAAGUCCACCCUGAUGCGCGCCAUCAACAACGAGCAGGUCGAGGGCUUCCCCAAGCAGAGCGAAGUCAAGACCGUCUUUGUCGAGCACGACCUGGACGCGGCCGAUACGGAAAUGACCACCAUUGAUUGGACCAUGAAGAAGCUUGCCGAGGCCGGCGUCGAGACCACCCAGGAGGAUGUCGUCAAGCGCCUGAACGAGUUCGGCUUCACCGACGAGAUGAUCAAGAACCAGAUCACCUCGCUCUCUGGUGGUUGGAAGAUGAAGCUCGCCCUGUGCCGUGCCGUCUUCGAGGCUCCCGAUAUUCUUCUUCUGGACGAGCCCACCAACCAUCUCGACGUGGUGAACGUGAAGUGGCUCGAGGACUACCUCAUCAACUCGCCGUGCACUUCCAUCAUCGUCUCGCACGACAGCGGCUUCCUUGACAACGUGUGCCAGCACAUCAUCCACUACGAGCGCUUCAAGCUCAAGCGCUACAAGGGCAACCUCAAGGAGUUCGUCCGUCGCGUGCCUUCGGCCAAGUCGUACUACGAGCUCGGCGCCUCCGAGAUGGAGUUCACGUUCCCGGAGCCCGGCUUCCUGGAGGGUGUCAAGACCAAGGCCAAGGCCAUCUUGCGUGCCAACAAGAUGAGCUUCCAGUACCCUGGCACUUCCAAGCCGCAGCUCACCGACAUCACCUUCCAGUGCUCGCUCGGCUCGCGUAUUGCCGUCAUUGGCCCCAACGGUGCUGGCAAGUCCACGCUGAUCAACGUCCUCACCGGCGAGCUCGUUCCCACCAGCGGUGAGAUCUACCAGCACGAAAACAUCCGUAUCGCCUACAUCAAGCAGCACGCGUUCGCCCACAUCGAUAACCACCUGGACAAGACCCCGUCCGAGUACAUCCAGUGGCGUUUCCAGACCGGCGAGGAUCGCGAGACCAUGGACCGCGCCAACAAGAUCAUCACCGAGGCCGACGAGGAGGCCAUGAACAAGAUCUUCAAGGUCGAUGGCACUCAGCGCCGCGUCAUCGGCAUCCACGGUCGCAGGAAGUUCAAGAACAGCUACGAGUACGAGUGCUCGUUCGUCCUCGGCGAGAACGUCGGCAUGAAGAACGAGCGCUGGGUGCCCAUGAUGUCUGCCGACAACGCCUGGUUGCCUCGUAGCGAGCUGCUCCCCUCUCACCAGAAGCUGGUGGCCGAGGUGGAUAUGAAGGAGGCCCUCGCUUCUGGCCAGUUCCGCCCCCUGGUCCGCAAGGAGAUCGAGGCGCACUGCGCCAACUUCGGUCUGGAUGCCGAGCUGGUAUCCCACUCCCGCAUGCGCGGUCUGUCUGGUGGCCAGCGUGUCAAGGUUGUUCUUGCCGCUUGCUCGUGGCAGCGUCCUCACCUGAUCGUUCUCGAUGAGCCUACCAACUACCUCGACCGCGACUCGCUUGGUGCAUUGUCCAAGGCGCUGAAGAAGUUCGAGGGUGGUGUCAUCAUCAUCACCCACAGCUCCGAGUUCACCAAGGACCUGACCGAGGAAGUCUGGGCUGUCAUGGACGGCAAGAUGACGCCCUCUGGUCACAACUGGGUCCAGGGCCAGGGUACCGGGCCCCGGCUGAAGCAGGACGACAACGACGAGGAGGAGAAGUUCGACGCUAUGGGCAACAAGAUCGAGGCGACCAAGAAGAAGGCCAAGCUUACGAGCUCUGAGGCGAGGAAGAAGAAGAAGGAGCGUAUGGCCCGCCGGAAGCGCGGUGAGGAGGUCUUCAGCGACGAGGACGACUGAACGUCUCGUUCCUGACUCUUUUUCGUGGCUUCAGCGUGACGAUCGGCUAUACAAAAAAAGCUGCGUUUUCUUUCUGGGUUCGGGUUGCAUGGGCUGGCCUUAAUGGGAUUUUUUUUUUUUCUUCAUUUCUGCUUUUCAAGUUCGUCUGGAUGAUCAUAACGCCUCGCAUGCCCCCGCUAUGUAUCGAUGAAUGGCUAUGGAUGAGACCUCGCCACCCGGGACUGGAGACCCCGGGAAGGCUUAGACUGGGUGCUCCAUCGGCCGGACAGGAGGGAAGAUAAACUAGACGGAGGAGCAGGAAGCUGUCUUACGGAUAGAGAAGACAAUAGAGAUCAUGAUCAUACCUAGGUACUACUCUCUUUGUGUUGCCAUACUGG